CGUCAUGAGAUCCGAGCUCCUCGCAAGUGUGAGUGUGAAGAUUACGGUCCUCUGGGAUAUGACACCCUGUAAUUUUGUACAUUGGCACGAACGUUUCGGAUGAAUCUGCUGCCUCCAUCUUCAGUUUAGUGUACAAGAUGGAAGGCAGAACUACAAUCGCCGCCAUGAGCUGAUGGUAGGAGCACCGCAUUCUUCUGGAACGUUGAUACACACCAACCAGAUUACACGGCAGCAUAACCCAGAGGGCCACAAGUGGUAUAAUGUCUGGCAAAUUUUAGUCCAGAACACAUGGGCAUAACUCAUCCUUGUUCACAUGUAACAGAUAUCAGUCAUGCAAUCAGUGUAUCAGUGAUUUCACAGUUCAACAAACUGUAUGGAUAAAUUACUGUUCACAAGAUGAACAUAAACGUGGGAAACUGAGACAUAUCUUCCAUUCAGGAUGAAAGGCAAAAUGACUAGAACAGUUAUUGAUGCUGUCAAGUUUGAAGCCGCAGACAAAUGUGAAACUGAUCGAGAUGACACGCGCCACAAUUUGUGGCUUCCAUAUAGAAAAGUGUCGUGGUUACGUAAGUGCAGACAUUUGCGAGUAUAUCCAGAAAAAGGUGAAAAAUGGAAGUAGUUGAAUAUCGACGCUCCUCUGGUUCCGCGACAGCUCUUGGGUUGCGGAGUUCGAGAUCAGUUCGAUCCUCACUAAGGCUGUUUGGAGCUCGAUGGCGAACAGCAACUGCAUGUGCUGCAAACAACAUUGUGUGCCCCCCUUGCAAUCAGGAGACGAAUCAGCAGUCUGGUGUUGCAAUUCUGGGUGCCUCCACCAUUUCAAGCCAAACAGCAAAACAACCCUCAUCCGCUGCACCAUCCCAGCAACAAAAAAAGCAAAAAAGUUCACGAAUGUCAUGGUUACAAGUUUUCUCUCAUCAACAAAAGAAACAUCUGAAGUCCUCUUGUGUGAGUGUGGGAAAACAGAAUGAACUCAGAGAUCUGAAGACUAAACUGGUUUCUACUGAGGUACCAGAACGUGAAGAAACAAUACCAGAAUACCCUUCAUCAAAAGUGUCGCGGAUUUUAGGGCUGAGAGAAGAGCAGGCCCAGUGUAGAAAAUCUGUCUCUUUACAGUUCCUAACAGAACAGCAUAAUAAACAGUUUAAGUUGUCUUCACCGCAGUUGAAUGCAAAGGAAUGCAGCAGUCCACAGAGACCCUAUGUUCAGCAGAAAUGUAAUGCACUAUCACGAAGUCCUUCACCAGCAGAACUGUUUCCACACCAAGAUCGUCAGUUUCUGCCCCUGCUGUCAAGUGUGGGAACCCAGCGGAGAAACUCGAUGUGGGCUUUGGGGUCACCUAAACCCAAGUUGCAGGAGGGAGGGAUGGAGUUUCUGGUUGAUGGGCUGAAUCUGACAAAAACAGCAAAGAAGAAAUUAGAUAAGAUAGAUAAGAUCAAUAUUCACUUACAUGCACUGUUUGCAGCUGUUGAACAUGGUCAUCUGGACAGAGCGCGCACCAUUCUCGAGUCUACAGAUGUUGAUGUGAACAGCGUGAAUAGCGAUGGGCUGUCUCCAUUGGAUGUGGCAGUCCUAAGCAACAACCGACAACUAGCAAAGAUGCUAGUGACAUUUGGUGCUCAGGAGGGAAAUCAGUUCGAGAGUCCCGAGUCACUUGGGAGUCACUUAAAGCAGCUGCUGGCGGAGGCGGAGCAGCAAGUGAAGAAACUUGGCGGACAGCUGACCCUUGAAGAAACAUCAAGCUGCAACAAUAAUAACAAUAACAAUCACCAUCACCACAACAAUAUUAACAAUCGCUCAUCAGGAUCGUCAUCGCCGUUUAGUGUGAUUGGGAGCAGCAUGGCAACAGCGGCCAUGACGGGCUGCAGUGGAGGGGGGAGUGACACAAGUACGGACAAGCAGCUGCUCCUCUGGGAAAGGAGGGUGAAAGUCCUCAAGAAGAUGCUGCUUGGAUUCGAUCAAGCCCGGCCGCCUGACGUACCAUUCCUAGUGGCUGUAGACGUGACGGGCACAAAUUCUGUUACAGUUCGAUUCCAAGAACCUGAACAGCAGGACUCAGCCAUCUGUACGAAGUUCAAAGUGCAAUGGAGUAGUAAUGAGGACUUCAGUCCACUGGCAGGUGAGAGGGAGAUCCUUGAUAUGAAGCACCUGGAAUGUAACAUCAGUGACCUUACACAGGGCUGCAGGUACUACUUCAGGGUUGCAUGUGGCAACCUGAAGGGCUAUGGAAACUACAGACUGUCCAGCCCUGCUUCUGUGGUUCCCUCAAGUUGGCGAGAUGUGGAGGGCCGCGAGCCAAGGUUUGCUGGACGGCUUCAUCUGUUGGAUGAAUUGUUUUCCAAAAUCUGUCACUCCAGACCUGAAUGUGCAGCUGAGAUUAAAGCCACAACCACCACAACUGCUCAGCCUGGAGAGACACCUAGUGUGCAACGCCGGAAUCAGCGCAGCAAGAAGACAGCCAUAAAGCAACUCUUCACUGUUGCAUCCAAGUUUCAGAAGAACCUACGCAGAGGGGUGUUUCUGUCCUGCCUGUUGUACCAUGAAGACAAGGUCCUUGUAACUAAUGAGGAUUUUCUGCCAGUGAUAGAGGUAGAUGAGACAUACCCCAGCUGCAUCUACCAUGACUUCCAUUGGCUCAUGAAGGUGGCAUGUACAUGGGAUGAUGUCAAGUCACUCAGGCAGGACAUGGAACGCAGCCUCAGUUCAUCAGCCGUCCACUUCCGUAUUAAACUUCUCCAGGCAGCAGCACAGAUGCAGGCAGCACUGUGUAUCCAAGACCUGGGGCAGCUGUACCACAAACCAGUAAGAGACUGCCAGGGGACACUCGUCAUCUCCACUGUCAACUAUGUGCGUUCUCCCAAGACCAUAUCAGUCCUUAAUUCAAGAUGGCUGCCACUUAGCAAAGUACAGAAGAAACUGGCAACUCAUGAAGAGCCGAACGUAGGGGAGCUGCUUAUGGCUUCCAUUCAGGACCAGAUAACGUACCACCAAGUUAGCAGCAUCAGGCUAAGUCGAGGGCUGUAUUUGGGGUACCUCAAGAUGCGUAGUUCGGUUGACUUGAUUCAGGUAGUGGUGCCAAGCAAGGCCCCCAAUGUCCUGCCACACUGCAAGAUUCGGGAUAACCCCCACGUCUCAUCCGAGGAGUGGGAGUGGCUGAAAAGGCAAAGUGCUCGCCACAAAACUCUGGGCUGCUCGUCUAGUGAGACCCUGAGUUCGGUCUCCAGUGACGAGCAAACUAGCAGCGAAGAUGGACAGCAGGCAGAGGCGUCUGGUGGUGGGACAGAGCAGCAAAGGGUAUUUGUGGAGCUUGUAGCUGCUACAGCCCGACGGCUCUUUUCUUACAUGGAAGUUAGCCCUCAGGAGGCACUGACCCACAGGAUGUAUGAUGCAGAAGUUGUUGAUCUGAGUCCCGAAGUGUCGUUUCUCAUUGUGGUACCGCGUGCUGAAUCAGCAUGUGCCGUGCCGGGGCAGACAGAGGCCUUACUGCAGCGAGGAGACCUCAUAGCCCUGCCUGUACAGGUGUUUGAGAUGGUGCACUUGGGAACUUACCAGCGUGACGUCAUCUCCCGCUACUCCAGACUAUCCUGUAUAUUGGAACUGGACACCGUACUGGCACACCAUAGCCACAGAGAGGCUUUCUCGGCAUCCGAAGUAGCGGCAGCAAAAGACCGUCUUGCUCAGCUCCAAGACUUCCAAUCUCAGCUGAAUGCUGCAUGGAAGGGCAUCCGUUGGCUCAUGGAUGUGCUGACAUUCGCAAGAGAUCGUGGAAGUGGUGGCGUGACUUCGGGCAGUUGCGCAAGUACCCCUGGUGUGGCCAUGAGGAACUUAUUAGCUCUAAACUGGAGUUCGUCAGCGGAGCAUGGAGGUGACAGAGAGGCGAACUGUAACGGUAAGGGUGGGAGUAGCUGUGGGGGUGGGAGUCUGAAGAGAAGUUUGCUGCAGUUGCCUCCGCGGGAUCCGAAACUCGUGAAGUCGAGCACAAGUCGAGGCAGCUGGCCAGGUCCAGGUGUGAGUCCUGGUAGUGUUGCAAGUUUCCUGGCUUCAGAACUGAGUAAGAGCGAGCAGCAUCUCAGUAUAGGGAGGAGCAGCAGCCGCAGCCACAGUGGUGACAUCAGUAGCAGCAACACUGCAUCCACCAUCAUGACGGAUGCCGGCAGUACCGGCAGUUUCUCAGUGGCAGGUGUCAUCCCUCGAUUACCCCCAUCCCGAAGCGAGGACACCCUUCUCCUACAGAAGCUGCCUCCCCCAUCAGUACGGACCCACACGCGAUCACGCUCGUCUACCAUAACAAGUGGAGCCAGUGUGUCUGCAUCAGCAUCACCACUGCUGUCAGUCCGGGCGAUAUCGGGGGGCAGUAUGCAUUCAUUGUCAUCGUCUGAUGAUACUGCUAGCUCUGCAUCCACAUCAGUUAUGAAGCUGUCAAGUGGCGACAAGUUGGUUGGUGAUCAGGACGAUAUCGCCAGUGUGGCCACCAUUGUACCGGCACCUGCACCAGGAAUACUGCAGGUGUAUGCAGCUUAUGAGACAGGCCUGGCAAGUGGGACGAGCCUCAAGCUGCACGUGACGCCAUGGACGACGGCCCGCGAGGUAGUGGAUCUCGUGGUGAAGCAGCUAAACAUGGCGGUGGUGCUCAAGGGUAAGGAUGGACCUAUCUACCCUAGUGACAAGCUCAAGAACUUUUGUCUGGUAGCUGUUAUAGGGGCUAGGGAAAGAUGUCUCAGAGAUGACUUUAAACCACUCCAGCUGCAAAAUCCAUGGAAGAAAGGAAGGCUGUAUGUCAGACAGAAACAGGAUGUGCUGGCCGCACUUGAACAGAGUUCUCGUCACACCGCAUAUCUCUAGCCAGACUCAACUGAGCAAGAUAGUGAACGAUCCAUCCAUUCCACAGUGUCUGAUUGUGAUACUCUGAAGUGACAGCUACAGACGUCUGUAGUGACUAAAAGAAGGGGAGGGAGGGGGGAUUUAGUUUUCACGCCAGUGGCUGCGAUCACUGUUGGAAAUGGAAUCCAGUGAUGACAGGAGGGGAGAUGAACUGCCUUGCCAUUGCCAGAACAAGAGAAACUCAGGUGCUGCUAAUAUUUGUUUGUUUGAAGAUAUUUUGGCAUUUAUUCACAACUGAGUAAAGGCUGUUAUUGCUAACUGUUUGACUGUAGGUGUGGGAAAUAGGAUGACAGCUGUGGGGGAGUUGGAAGGCUUCCUGUAAAAUGUUGCUGUUGGCAGUCAAAUGUGUCACAUAUAAACAGUACACAACAUCUCAAGAGAAAUCUGAGUAAUAUUCUGAAAACUGAUAAAAAGUAUGAAAAGGAAAUGCAUUUACUUGUAUGAAACCAGUGGAAGUGUGGGUAAGCAAAACAUUCGCCAUAUCCAGAAUACACAAUUUGUUAUGCAGUUUCUGUUUCUGUGCGACUGAAAGCUCCUAAUUAAGAGGAACAGAAAUGGUAUGACAGGAAAACUUCAGGAGGAUUCUGCCACAUGACUGUUUAGUGAAUUUUUUACUCACUGAUCUGCUGAGACAAGAUUAUCUUCAUUCUUAAAAUAAAUAUUCCUACACAUGCAGAACAGUUUCCAUCACUGAAGACGUGAUUUUUUUUUCAGUGUAUGCUAUUUAAAUUAUGACAGCUUACAAGGAACAGACUGUGGGGUUACAGCCCUAGAUCAUGCGAUGCACAUUCCUUCCGAUAAAGAAGAAUGCAGUGUGAAUGAAUGGGAACAGUAACAUGGUUUUGUGUCUGUAAAGCUAACAUUAUUUAGCUGAUGUGCAUGUGAUCUUUGUAGAGCAUAUGCUGUCCCAGGUAUUGCAAUCCAUGAAGUGGCAGACUUUGUUCUGAUGUUUUAAGUACAUGAAAGCAGGAAUUUUUACCUCAAAUGUUCUCAUGCCAUAACUAAUUCAUUUUAAACUGAAACAGGUCAAGAGUGAAGUAUCUUGGUCUCAUCACUUCAUUUUAUAUAUGAUCACAUUGCAGAUAUAAUUAUAAAGAAAUCAAAUACAUUGCAGAUAUCCAAAAAAAAUGGAAUGAACUUACAGAACAGGAUUUUGGGCUUGACAAUAUGUUGUAAGAUUUAAGUCCUAUUUAUUAUAAGAUUUGCAUAUUUUGCUGCAGUAAAGAUUGAUACUAUUGUCAUGUGUAGGAGGGUACACAUGAUGAAAAUAACAGGUUCUGGUUCGGAUGAUUGGAUUUAUUGGCACUUCAGUUACAAGGUCCCUUAAUUACAACUAACACAGCACUAUCAUUAAUUUACACAAUAUUCAGUUCACCAUUGCACAUGCACUAGGAUUCUCAGUUCCCACUAGUCAUUUCCUAGCAACGGAUCUCAGUACAGAA